AUGUCCGAAAGCUGCAAAGCCGACUUUUCAGCAAGCUCCAUAAAGCUUGAAAGAUUAAACAGUGUAACAUCUUUAUACUCCCACGACAAAUCAAGCAGUUUUUCAGGAGACGAGCUGAGAAAUCCUCCCAGAAAUGACAGAUCACUUGAAGCUGACAGCAAUAGUUCAAAUGAUACAAAAAAGCUAUCUCAAGGAAAGGUCUCUCAAGGAGUUUCCACAUCUUUUGAAUUCUCCAACUCUUUUACUCAAACUGAAGCUGUAGAAUACCGAGACAAAAUAACUAGCAUUGAAGUAAAUUUCGAUAACAAAGAGACACAAUAUGAUUUACCCACAAUGGUCGAUAUGUCAAUAAUCAAAAAAAUCCUGACAGAAGAGGUAAAAGAAUUCGUCCUGAAACAUAAAGUACAGUUUCCUAUAAGUAAUGUGAAUAAUGAAUGCUCAAACUGCCAAAAAAAUAUACAGAAUGAGAUUAAAUAUGCAUGCUCUAUUUGCACAAAUUGGACCCUUUGUGAGGACUGUGAGGAUAAAAGCAACCAUCCUCAUCCUAUGUAUAAGUUUAAGCUUGCAAGAGAUUUAAAUGGUAAGAAAAUUGAGCAAGAAAGAAAAGAAUUUGUGGAGAAGCUGAAAACAAAAAAGAGUUUUUCAAGCUGAAGCAAGGCUCUUGAAGAAUAA